AUGAAUUGUUCAAGGGUGAAAGAAUUCAUACUUCUUGGAUUCCCGCACAUGUGGGGAAUAAAUAUAACUUUAUUUACAAUUGUCCUCCUACUAUACAUGCUGUCAAUUGCAGGGAACGGUCUGAUCAUUGUCAUGGUGAGAGUUGACCGCCGGCUCCAGAAGCUGAUGUACUUCUUCCUCAGCAACCUUUCUUUCCUUGAGAUGUGGUACACCACUGCCGUCCUCCCUAAGAUGCUGGCCAACCUUGUUGCAGACAAGACCACCAUCUGCUUCUACUGCUGCAUGGCACAGUCCUACUUCCAUUUCCUCUUCGGCAUCACAGAGUUUUACAUCUUGACUGUCAUGUCCUUUGACAGGUAUGUAGCCAUCUGCCAGCCGCUGAGAUAUUCCACCAUCAUGACCUCCAGUCUUUGCCUUCAGCUUGCCCUGGCGGCUUGGUUUGGUGGCUUUUUCACCAUCCUUUUGCAGACGAUCUUAGUGGUGAGGCUUCCUUAUUGUGGCUCCAACAUUGUCAACCAUUUCUACUGCGACAUCGGUCCAAUGUUGAAGAUUGCCGGUGGCGACACACAUCUCAUUGAAGCGAUUGGCUUCUUCAUUGCUGUGGCGGUGAUACUGACCUCUCUGCUGUUGACCGUGGUAUCAUACAUCUUCAUCAUCUCCACCAUUCUUCGCAUCCCUUCUGCUAGUGGUCAGCAGAGGGCCUUCUCCACUUGUGCCUCUCAUCUGACCCUGGUCCGCAUCUUGUAUGGGGCAGUUCUUUUCAUCUACUUAAGACCUAGUGCCAUGCACUCGUCUUUUAGCCUCAACAAAGCCGUCUCCAUGCUCAACACUGUGGUCACCCCAGUGCUCAACCCUUUCAUAUACACCAUCAGGAACAAUGAAGUCAAAGAAGCAUUACGGAAAUCCUUAAUAAAGAAGACUUGGAGUUUUCCUCAUGUCCCAAUGGUGGUCUGA